AUGCACCCGGCGGAGAUGACCAGCGAGGACCACGGAGGACCCCAGAGGACCAGACGAGGCACGGAGACCGGCCGCCAGCCCGCAGCUCCCUGCUCCCCGGGCCUCAAGACACAGACCUCUCGGUCCCCUGCUCUGUCCCGGGGCUUUUUGGAAACGGAUGCCGAGAGCCACACCAUGCUCCGUGGCCUUGGGCUGGAGACCCGAGGGCUGGGAGAUGGAGUCCCCCAGAUGUGGACACGCCCCAAGGUGGACGCGCCCGCGGCGGACACGCCCCAGGGCGCACGCUCCGGGGCAGGCGCGCACUCUCCGCGCGCGACGCUGGGUGGCGCUGCCGGGUCGCCCCGCGCUGGACCUGUUGCAUCCAGGGCGCAACUCCGGCAGGUGCAGAGGCAGUUGGAACCAUUAAACGAGGGUUUUCUUUCUAGAAUCUCUGAUGUGCUGCUGUGCAGAUGGACCUGGCGGCUUUGCUGUCAGAAAUGUUACGAAUCCAGCUGCUGCCAGUCCAAUGAGGAUGAAGUUGAAAUCCUGGGACCUUUCCCUGCCCAGACGCCUCCCUGGCUGGUGGCCAGCCGGAGCAGUGACAAAGAUGGCGACUCUGUCCACACAGCCAGCGACGUCCUGCUGACCUCACGGACCAAUUCCCCCGAUGGGCGCCGCUCCUCGUCUGACACAUCCCGAUCCACAUACAGCCUGACCAGGAGGAUUUCCAAUCUGGAUUCCAGACGUCCCAGCUCCCCACUCAUCGACAUCAAACCCAUCGAGUUUGGGGUGCUCAGUGCCAAGAAGGAACCCAUCCAGCCCUCGGUGCUCCGCCGGACUUACACCCCGGAUGAUUACUUCCGCAAGUUCGAGCCCCGCCUGUACUCCCUGGACUCCAGUGGCGGCGGCGAUGGCGGCGGGGAUGAUAUGGACUCGCUGACAGAUGAGGAGAUCCUGUCCAAGUACCAGCUGGGGAAACUCCACUUCAGCACACAGUAUGACCUUCUGCACAACCAUCUCACCGUGCGGGUGAUCGAGGCCCGGGACCUGCCUCUCCCCAUCUCCCACGACGGAUCUCGCCAGGACAUGGCCCACUCCAACCCCUAUGUCAAGAUCUGCCUCCUGCCCGACCAGAAGAACUCCAAGCAGACGGGGGUCAAACGCAAGACCCAGAACCCCGUGUUCGAGGAGCGGUACACCUUUGACAUCCCCUUCCUGGAAGCCCAGCGGAGGACCCUGCUCCUCACGGCCCUGGAUUUCGAUAAGUUUUCCCGCCACUGUGUCAUCGGGAAAGUGUCCGUACCCCUGUGCGAUGUGGACCUGGUCAAGGGCGGGCAUUGGUGGAAGGCGCUCAUCCCCAGUUCGCAGAAUGAAGUGGAGCUGGGGGAGCUGCUUCUGUCUCUGAAUUAUCUCCCGAGUGCUGGAAGACUGAACGUUGACAUCAUUCGAGCCAAGCAGCUUCUUCAGACAGAUGUGAGCCAAGGUUCAGACCCAUUUGUGAAAGUCCAGCUGGUACAUGGACUGAAGCUGGUGAAAACCAAGAAGACCUCCUUCUUAAGAGGUACCAUUGAUCCUUUCUACAACGAGUCCUUCAGUUUCAAAGUUCCCCAGGAAGAACUGGAGAAUGCCAGCCUAGUGUUCACAGUGUUCGGCCACAAUGUGAAGAGCAGCAACGACUUCAUUGGAAGGAUCGUCAUUGGCCAGUACUCAUCCGGGCCCUCGGAAUCCAACCACUGGCGGCGGAUGCUGAACACCCACCGCACAGCCGUGGAACAGUGGCACAGCCUGCGGUCCCGGGCCGAGUGUGAUCGCGUGUCCCCGGCCUCCCUGGAGGUGACCUGAGGCCACAGAGAGGGCAGCUUCCCUGGUCAAUGGAGACGUGCAAUUAUAGACGCUGCCGUGUGUACAACCAUACUCCAGACUCUCCUGUGUACACACACGAUCAUACAAACACACACCAGACACUCCUGUGUACACACACA